AGUAAAGAGUUUAAUCAGUAACUAACGAACUUUGGCUCAUCACAACAUUACACCAAGGUAUCAAGAGAAGACGACGAAACAAGUGUGAACUCCGCCUGACCAUUUAAGGACUUUACAGUUAAACCGUUUAAACGGAAUAUCAUGUCCGACCCAUCAGAAAACCAACCAAUAAGUAGAGAAGUAAAGACCUAUUCAAACAUGGCCGCUUCACCGAACUUUGACGCGAUUGAGAUGCAACCGGGCAAGAAAGUGGAAUGGAUGACCAAACCUGACCCAAGCCAGGUCACCGGAUGUCCUCCUGGUCUCGAAUACCUCGUCCAAAUCGAUCAGAUCCUCAUUCACCAGAUGGUCGAGAUCUUCGAAGCUGUAACAAAUAUUGAGAUGAAGAAUAAGUACGCCAUCAAGAAUUCUUUGGGUCAACAAAUAUUUUAUGCCUUCGAAGAAUCGACCUGUUGCCAUCGUUACUGGUGUAGACAAGGCCGGGGUCUCGAUAUCCAUGUGAUUGAUAAUGAACAACGGGAGGUGAUGAAGAUUGUUCGGCCGUUUCAGUGCUGUGCUGGGUGCUGCUGGUGCGCCGAUACCGAGUGCUGUGCCUACCUCAUUCAGAUAGAAGCACCACCGGGCAACAUCAUCGGUUAUGCCAAACAGACUAAGAGCUGGUGGUACCCACACAUGGAUGUGAUGGAUGCCGAUAUGAACCCGAUACUGAAGAUCAGAGGACCGUGCUGUAUCUGUCAAACCGUCUGCUGCAGAUGCGAUGUGGAAUUUAAAGUGAUGUCAAACGACCUGAGUAGUGAACUAGGUGUCAUACAGAAGCAAUGGUCAGGUUGGCUGAGGGAAUGCUUCACGAAAGCCGAUCACUUUGGCAUGACGUUUCCUUCAGAUCUUGAUGUCAAAGCAAAGGCCACCCUCAUGGGAGCUUUGUUUCUAAUUGAAUUCAUGUUUUUCGAGCAAGAUCAGUGAAUGUAUACUACCCAGUGCUAUCGUCAGAAGAGACAAAGUGGACUAUUUUCAAAUGGAUAUCAAUGACAACCUGUAAAGGAAGCGAAUAGGAAAUAGUUAUAAUGUACAACAAACCUUUGCUUUAAAGGAAAGGUUAUACCUUAAUGUAAAAUUGAUUUUAACAAAUAUGGCAGAUAUAUAUGAGGAAUAUUUCACAAAAAUCCUAUGGAGAGUAACAGUAAUGAAUGUUGAAAUUAGAAAUUAAAGUAUUGUUUUAGGUCAUAGCAGCUCCUCACAUUCCAUAUACAUAGAACUGACUCUUUUAUGUUUCAUGAUAGCCGAAAAUAUUUAUUUUUCUCUUAUUUUCUAUAGAAGCGUGUAUAGUAAUUAUAUACUUGUAAAUAGUUUUGAAUGCACUGGUAAUGUCAUUUGACACUUCCUGAGAAGUCGUAAAUUUAUGGAAUGCAAGGUGGGGUUGAUGCCAGCAAUCGAUGUCCCAAAUUUGGAUUUAAAACAGAUCUUAACUCGCCAUAUUCGCCAAAUACUCGUUAAUUUGUUUCCUUAAUUU